AUCACGUAUCCAUCAGGACAAAUUCAGCAACAACUGCUGUCCGAGUUCUACAAAGAAGUGGACAUAUCACCUAAUACUGUGAACUAUAUCGAAGCCCAUAGCACCGGUACUAUUGCUGGAGAUCCCGAAGAGUGUGAUGCCAUUGAAAAGAUAUUCUGUAAGAAUCGUGUCGAACCCAUGCUAAUCGGGUCUGUGAAAUCCAACAUUGGGCAUACGGAAGCUUCUGCUGGGGUCUGUUCAAUCAUCAAGUGUAUCAUAGCCAGUGAAAACUAUACCAUUCCACCAAACAUUCACUUCGUGAGCAAUCGUACGGAUGUGCCGGCGUUGAUAAACAACAAGCUGAAAGUUGUUUCCGAAAGUACCCCACUGGAAGGAUCUCUCCUAGCUAUAAAUUCGUUCGGUUUUGGUGGUGCCAAUGCUCAUGCCCUAUUACAUGCCAACUCAAAGAAUGACAACGCUUCUGAUCAACCAGCAAACGAUCUUCCUAGAUUGGUCAUCUGGUCAGGUAGAACGCCGGAAGCGGUUGACUGUCUGUUGGAUUACCUUACACAACAAGAGCUCGACGAAGAAUUCCUUGGUCUACUGAACAACAUUCAGAAGCAAGUGAUCCCGAAGUUCAAUUUUAGAGGUUUUCGAGUGUUUACCCUUGCUGAUCGUGUAUUCUACGAAUCACCUAUUGUAAAAGUGUCGAAGGCUACGGGACCACUGGUUGUGCUUCUAGGUGAUGUCGACCAUCUUUGGGCUAUCAAGCUAGAAGCCUUCAGCAAAUUUCCAGUGUUUAAACACCACUUGAACAGAUGCUUGGCAAUACUGGAAUCAAUGGAUAUAUCUCUUCCCAAUUUGACCGAUCCUACCAUCGGAAGUGUGAUCCUUCAGCUUGGACUGCUGGAGCUACUCAAGGCCACCGACAUCCAAAUAGAUCAUUAUACAGCAAACUCCAUCGGACAAUACGUGUGUGCUCACAUGGAUGGUCUCAUCACUGUUGAGCAAACCUUAAAACUAGCAAUUUAUCACGAUCAAAGUCCAAUGUACCAAAUCUCCAAAUCAAAGGAAAAACUACGGGCAGAACUUAAUAAAGUGAUCCCACAGAAACUGAAUGGUAGCAGUAAAUGGUUGUACUCACAGAACCUAGAUCUCUUCCGGUCAUACCAGCAGCAGGAUUUGGCGCACAUUUCCAGUGCAAAAACCAACUUCUCUCGGAUACCGAGCGAAGCUGUGAUCGUCGACCUCAAGCAGCUGCAGAAGUAUGACAUCAAUGCGAACAAAAUUCGUCAAACCGAUGAAGAAGUAUCCUACCACUUUCUACACAUUUUGGGCGAGAUCUUCCUAAGUGGUCGGCAGCUGAACUUGACAAACCUCUACGAACCAGUCGAAUUUCCCGUGUCCCGUGGAACAGCUUCCAUAUCCUCCUUAAUCCGUUGGGAUCAUUCGGCCAGUUGGUUCGUGAUGAAGUUCCACGCCCAACGGAAAACCGACAGCGGGGUCCAGGAGUACUCGAUCUCGCUGACCGAUCAGGACAACAGUUACCUGGCGGGCCACUGUAUCGAUGGCCGGAUUCUGUUCCCCGCCACCGGCUAUCUGCAGCUGGUCUGGGAAUAUGUGGCCAUGCGCAAGGGCGUCAUAUCGCAGGAGAUGCCCAUCCAGUUCCACGAUGUGCAGUUCCAUCGGGCUACCACCCUGAGUGCAAACGAAACGGUUGAGUUUACGCUGGUGAUGCAGGAAGGUAGCGGACAAUUUGAGAUUUUAGAAGGCACAACAACUAUUGUAACAGGUCGAGCGAGCGCACUGGUGGACCCCAAGUUUUUAUCGAUGGAUCCACCGUCUUCGGAAAAUACGGUUCUGGAGAAAGAAGAUUUCUACAAAGAGCUUCGACUCAGAGGGUAUCACUAUGGGGGGAUCUUCAAGUCCGUUUCGAAAGCUCGAUCGGAUGGGUCGUUUGCCAAGAUAACAUGGGCAAAUAACUGGGUUGGCUUCCUGGAUUCGAUGCUUCAGGUGCAGAUAAUCUCAAACGAUAGCCGCCUUCUGAUGAUACCGACAGGAAUAGAAAGUCUACAAAUUGAUCCAAUCACCCAUUUGAGGGUUAAACUUAGCGACAACGAUGGAAAAGAUUUCUACAACCUCACUCACUGCCCCCAUUUGAACGUUCUUCAGUCGGGUGGUAUCCAGAUUAGUGGAUUACAGGCGAGUACAAUUUCCAGGAGAGCACCCUUGGGUCAUCCGGUAUUGGAGUCGUACGCAUUUGUUCCCUACAAUUGUAAAAGUCUGCUUCCUGUACCGGAAAUUAUACGCUACAGUGUUCAGAUAAUGCUGGAAAAUACCCCAACGACAAUUUUGAAUGUUUGUGAAUACCAACCGUUUUUCAGCCCUCCCAUAGUACAGCUAUUCGAACAAGCCAUAUCGGAACUUCCCCUUGUUCAAGGUAAUCUGGUCUUGCUUAGUUCGGAUAAACAUGUUCUUCCAGCGAGCGUGCGUAUAGCUCAGGAGACACUUUCGAGUCAGGAAAAUGCUUUCUGUAUUAUCUAUUAUGAAGAUGCUUACAACGAUUCAUUCUAUUGCGAAGCAGCGGAUGCCCUCGCGGAUGAAGGUUACUUGAUUGUGCGAAAGUCUUCUGAUCUUCAGUUAGACUCUUUCGUUGUUCCUAAAGCUUAUAUCAUCAUUUCUAUAUUCCGAUCAACUGUUGAAUCGUUUAUAUUGUUGAAAAAAUUCUAUCCUAAAGAUACCUCACAAAUGCGAAUCGUAGAAAUCGCUUCUAGUGAUCAAGAACAUACUUGGCUCAACAAACUGAAGCAAACGUCUUCAAAUGAAUCCGUGAUCGUGUAUUCCCAAAAUGAGCCCCACACUGGAAUUCUAGGACUUGUCAACUGUCUUCGAAAGGAACCGGCCACCCAGAAUGUUAAAUGCUUCAUAAUAGAUGAUCCUAAAGGUCCAAUAUUCUCGCAGAAAACCCCUUUCUACCAAAGACAAAUUCAACAGGACAUGGCAGUCAACAUCUACCGAAAUGGACAGUGGGGCAGCUACCGGCAUCGAUUGCUAACACAAGACCGAACCCCGCUUCCGAUCAGCAAUCAUUGUUUUGCCAAUUGCACCAAACAGGGAGAUCUGUCUUCGUUCACCUGGUUCGAAGGACCACUCAGCGUCGAACAACGCUGUGAAGGUCUGGUCGAUGUCGUUUUCAGCUCUCUGAACUUCAAAGACGUUAUGUUGGCCACCGGGAAGCUAUCAAUAGAUUCUCUUUCCCUAAAUCGGCUCGAACUGGAAUGUGUGCUCGGUUUUGAAUUCUCCGGUAUAUCAGCCGUUGAUGGUCGCCGCGUCAUGGGUCUGUUGCCAUCGGGCACCUUGGCUAGUCAGGUCGUCAGCGAACCGUACAUGACCUUCGAUGUGCCUCCGAGCUGGAGUCUCGCCGAGGCGGCUUCUGUCCCAUGUGUCUACGGAACUGUCUACACCGCGUUUUUCGUAAGCUGCUCAAUACAAGCCGGCAAGUCCAUACUUAUUCACGCUGGAAGCGGAGGAGUCGGUAUCGCAGCCAUCGAAACAUGUCUUGCUUACAACUUGGAGGUCUUCACCACCGUUAGCUCCAAAGAAAAACGGAACUUCCUACUCAAACGUUUCCCUCAACUGAAACGCGAGAACAUCGGCAAAUCGCGGGACACCUCCUUCGAACGAAUGAUCAAAAUACGCACCGAGGGCCAGGGCGUAGACUACGUUCUCAACUCCCUAGCCGAAGAAAAACUCCAGGCAUCCGUUCGCUGCCUAGCCAAUGGGGGACACUUUUUUGAAAUCGGAAAAUAUGACAUCUCCAAAAACUCCAAACUAGCGAUGGAACUUUUCCAGAAAGGGAUCACUUUCACUGCUAUAUUUUUGGACCUGCUCUUCAAGGGAACAAUCAAUCAAAAACGGAGACUACACCGGAUGCUUACCAACGACAUUCAGAGGGGCGUAAUCAAACCACUACCGGUCACCAUUUUUCCUGCUCCGGAAAUCGAAAAGGCCUUCCGGUAUCUGGCGGGGGGCAAACACAUGGGCAAAGUGUUGCUGCGGUUGCGAGAACGGGACGACAGCCGGUGCACCCUGCCCCUUACGGUAACAGCUCGUUUGUACUGUUCAUCGGACUGCACUUAUAUCGUUCUAGGUGGGCUGGGUGGUUUCGGGCUGGAGCUCACCGAUUGGCUUGUGCUGCGUGGCUGCCGCAAUGUGAUCCUUUGCUCCAGGAGGGGUAUCAGCGAGCCGUAUCAGGAAUAUCGGAUAAGAACAUGGCAAGACUACGGCGUCAAGGUAGUAGUUUCAACGGAAAACAUUAGCACCGAGUCCGGUUGCCGUUCGCUGAUCACGGAAGCCACCAAACUUGGACCGGUGGCGGGCAUAUUCAACCUGGCAGUCCAGCUACGGGAUGCCAGUUUCGAGAAUCAAACUCCGGAAACGUUUGCCCAAUGUUUGGCACCGAAGGCAACCGCCACAGUGUUGCUGGAUCGCUUGUCCCGGGAGAUGUGUCCCGAAUUGCAGCACUUUGUCGUUUUCUCUAGUGUGUCCUGCGGGCGAGGAAAUGCCGGACAAAGUAACUACGGGAUGGCUAAUUCGGUGAUGGAGCGUGUCGUCGAGCGGAGAAGAGCGGACGGAUUACCGGCAAAGGCCAUUCAGUGGGGAGCGGUUGGAGAUGUAGGAUUGAUAGCUGCGAUGACCGGGGAAAGGGCCGAUUUCUCGAUCGGAGGAACAUUGCAACAACGGAUAGCGUGUUGUUUGCACAAACUCGACCAAUUGUUGACUUGUGAGGAACCAAUCGUUUCCAGCAUGGUUGUGGCGGAGAAAUCUUCUGGAGCAGAUAAAGCUCGGAAUAUUGUAGAAGCCGUUAUGAAUAUCAUGAACAUUCGGGACUUGAAAUCAAUUUCAUUGGACAGCACAUUUGCAGACAUUGGUAUGGACUCGUUGAUGGCCGUUGAAAUCAAGCAAGUUAUGGAGAGGGAUUUCAACAUGAUUCUAUCGCCACAGGAACUGAGAACGCUAACAUUUUUGAAACUCCAGAAAAUAAUGCAGGAAAAAUGUGAGAUGGAGGGAGAAGUGAAUGAAACACAAUCGGAAGGAUUCAUCAUAAUGAUUAAGAAUCUUGGCUGUGAGGCGACUAGUGAGCAUACUGUUUUACGAUUGCCGUCGCUAUCUAGCGAUCUUCUCUAUGAUCAAGCGGUGCUGAUCGUACCAGGAAUAGAAAGCGUUGCUGGUAAUGUUUGGUACUCGAUUGCUUCCAAGAUAAAUGCACCAGUAUUUGUACUACAAACUUUGAAAUAUUACCAGUCUUUGAACUUAGAAAUAAUAGUAAAUUCUGUAAUCGAUGAACUCCUCGAUAAAGUAUUCAAAAAAUUAGAACAAUUUUGUAUAAUAGGAUACUCGUUUGGAGCACUGAUAGCAAUCGAGAUCGUGAAAAGACUAGAAAAGGCCGGAUUUAAGGGUAAGCUGAUCCUGCUCGACGGGUCUCCAAAAUAUCUAACCCAAAUAGCUAAACCGGCGAUCAGUUCCAGUCAAACUGACGAAGAAAUUCAAAUCAGCCUUAUCCAAACGGUUCUCAGUACAAUUGGUCAAAAAACGAAUGCCAUAGGCAAGGGCACCAACUUCAAGCAGAUGAUAGAAGAUUUAAUGAAAUUCCAUCGAAGCGAUUAUGGGUAUUCCAAAAAAUACCUGGAACUAAUGCUAGUAUCUCUUUUCAACAGAAUCAAAAUAGCUUUAUCGCUCAAUUGCCAAAACUAUAAAAAUGUUCUUCACUGUCCAAUAGUUCUAAUGAAACCAUCAAUAGCUUCUGUAUCCAACACCGACCACGAUUACGGCCUAUCGGAGGUUACCAACGCCAUGGUUGUCGUAAAAACCCUUCAAGGAACCCACGCGACUAUGCUAGAAGAUCCCACGCUAGUGGAAGGCAUCAAUCAAGACUUUCUCUAAAUUAAAACUUGAAAAAAAAAAUAGAAAUAUACCUAUGAGCAAAAUAA